AUGGGCCCCUGUACCGCCUCCUCAUGCUGCUGCCAGGCCCGUAAUCUGCCAUGGGCCCCUGUACCGCCUCCUCAUGCUGCUGCCAGGUCCAGAGUCUCUCAUGGGUCCCUGUACGGCCUCCCAUUGCUGCUGUCUCCAUCGCCACUGUCAGGCUCCACCCAACGGGAUCUCUAGUGGUCCACGGCACGGGGUUUCCCAGGGCGCGGAGUCUAAGUCCCAGUCUGCCUUUUCACCAGGGCCCCUGAUGGUGGGGAUGGACUUGGUGCAAGACUGAAACCAGGUCGCGUUCCUGGGCACCCCGGCGGGCGGCAGAGGGGUCCCGCUGGGGGUAUGUGCCCGGGUUGAGCCUGCUGUGAAGGGGAUGACAGAUCCUGAUCUGAGCGGGAUGGAUGGGAUGACAGA